AUGAAGACUCAGUUGGAGUCAGGUUCCUUUUUCUUUGUCUUUCACUGCUGGGAAAAACCACCACCGAGGGGUGGUGGUGUUGUUGUUGUUGUCCAUCGAACACCAGCAAGAACCACUUUUUCCUCACCGUUCUUACCGAUCAGCAACAACUCAAACCACCUACCAUCUACAACAAUCGUCACCACUCCCUUUUCACUGUUAUUGGGGAUUCUGGAGAGACCUCGAGGCAGCAGUCGCCUAGCAUCGAUUACA